AUGGAACCCCUAUGGACAGUACGAGCUAGCCAUGCUCCACCAAGGCCAAGGAAGCCACACCACUUCGAUGAAGAAGAGGAAGAAGAGGAGCCGCAAGCUCGAUCGAGUGAGGUGAACCCGUCGAGUGGAGUGCUCCUGAUGGCCGUCUCCCUCUCCAGACCACGACCUUGCCUCCCAGUUCUUUGGGGGACACUGAGGGUGAGAUUGAUUGAGCAGCAAGAACCAUGUUUAUCUUGA